GUAAGUUUUUGUGUAUGUAUAGCGUUUCGUUCAGAUUUGUGUAGUAAGGACAGACCUCUAAACUAGUUUUCUGUGCAUGGUAUAGUAGUUAGCCUAUCGCUCAUCAGCUGUUGAAGCCUUUAGGUCGAGUACAGCGAAUCUUUUUUUGUUAUCUAGGAUGUAUUAUAUAGACCCAAACAUUCUGAAAACCAUGAAACUGGCAAAUAACUUUUAAUUUGAGAGACUUAAGGUUUUACCUGCGCUUAUUUCUUAGUCACGUUGACAGUACUGCGUAGAUAUGCAAUCUGAUGCAACAAUAACAACAUAAUAAGAUAUAAAUGACCUUUGUUAUUGAAUUUCUGACCGAUUUAUUGGUUGAAUCGAUACUUUUAAUUGAAAAGCUGUAGUUAGCUGGAAGCUAAUUGAGCCGAAAAUUUAUACGCAUUUCAACAGGGAAUUUAUGUAUAUACCAUGUCCACUGCUUUGUGAAUAGUAGUAUGGGAACAAGUUAAACAAUGGUAACAUAACAAUUGUGAUAUAGACAUUAUUCACACAUGCAUCCGCAUCAAUACGCAAUACUUCACUUCUCCCCACUUCUUAAACUUGUUUCCAGCAAUUGUCGUAGCUACCAUUUUAAUAACAAUUAGAACUAGUAUUCACGCUAUUACUAGUUCAGAUUCAAGUCACAACCAGUGGUAAUCUGUUGUACACAAUGAUGUCUGUAUUUGUGCAGGAAAGGUGUGUACUUAAAUGCUUUGGGUACGUAAUUUGGUAUCACAAAACAAUUACUACUUUUUAGGUAUUUAUAGACAUACCCUCAAAACUUUCGUCUGGAAAGAAAACUACAGUUAUUAUGGUGUCAGCUCCUAAGGCUAAGUGAAUUUCGCGCGGGAAUGCCAAAAGGCGCCGUCUGAUUUGUUCGUUCAUUAAAUGUAGUGUCACUAGGUUAAGAUUUGUUUCAGGAUUGAGGGUUUGGGGUCGGAAGCUGUGUACAGCUUCAAAGACUAGAUGCUUGUAUAAUAAGUUUAAUACUACCACUUACUCUAUGGUGUCAAUGAUGAACUUUUCACUACCGUUUCGAAUGUUUUGAGCAGUAUACAAAGGUUUUCCUAUAUCUCGCUAUACUAUAAUGUCUAACCUUUAGCAGGUUGACGUCCAGCUUGAAGGUAUCUUGUGUACUGAGGGGGGGUAUUAUGAGUACAAGAGAAUCGGAAGACGAAAAAAGGGAAGAGUAAAAGGAUGAUUUAAUAAGCACGUCGAUAAUACUUAUCUUUCAUGAUGAAAGUGAUUGAAAACAAUUGGCAAUAACACAAGCGUAAGAUUAAGAUAAUCUAAUAAUCGAGACCAGACGUUGGUGUCGUAAGGUUUCGAAUGCGUUACAAAACGUGGUGUUUAAAUUUGGUGCAGAAAAUUUAAAUUUGCCAUUCUAAUUCUGAUUAGCUCGUUCCCAUACCAUACUUUUACCCUCAGCUUUAAGCCAUAUUUAUGUAAGCAAUAGUGAUACAGUUCAACUACUCAAUUUGCUUCACUUAUCUCCACAAUCAAACAAACUAGUGCUAACACUGGGCGAAAAAGAAGUUCCUUGAGAUUCAAAUAAGUCACGCACGUCAUCAUCAACUAGACUCUAUAACCGUAGAGAACACUAACAAUAUUGAUCGGCCCAGUGGUUGCAGGAUCAUUGUGUUGGCUUCAUUUCAAAGACUGGAUCAAAGUAUCAAUUUUCGCUUAUUUGAAACCGUGGCGUUGCCAAAGGGAUGCAAAAGUAUUACACAAAGGCAUGUUACCGGAAAUGAGGUCACUUAUCUCAGGACGAUAGAGUUAAUCAUACCCAGGCCAGUAGAUGUAUUUUCCAGGUGCUUCGGUUUAUGGCACCCCAGUCCAAUACUUUGGUCAACUUCUGAGAUUCCUGUUGAGCCUUGUUGCCGUCGUUUUUAUAAGUUUUGGUCGAUAGUUUUCACGUUUACAAAUACUAGUUAGUCAGGAACUCUUCACCGAUUUACUUGUUAGUGUUAUCCAAUGCUGUCUUGUAGAAUCACAACUUAAGUUGAUUGACGUACUUUGGCUCGAAAUUUGAUUCUUAUGACGUGAUAUUUUUGAGAUCCCGAUAACUUAAUUUUAUUUAAAUCACUUAACCGAUUUCUUUUGUCUAUCCGUUAAUAAUGUAAAAAAGUUCAACAGAGGUGCAAACCACUUAUUCUUCAGGAAUAUAAGAUCGAGAUAAUAAAGAAAGCUCACUAAAUUAAACUUUGAAUAUAUUAGAACCUAGGAGAUACCCCUACGGAUACUCUCAUCCAUACACUCAGUUUGAGAUAUAUUGGAUAUAUUAGACAUGCAACGUUUGUUAACCUACAUCCCUCAAAAUUUGAAGGUGGUGCUCAAAGACCCAAUGACGUUCCUGAAACCUUUGUCUAUUGGGUGUAUUCGUAUGUAUCCUGGUGACGAAUUGGGACGAGGUGCAGGCAAGGGUGGUGGUACUGGUGGUUCUAUUCGGGAUGCUGGUGGGGCGUUCGGCAAAUUAGAAGCACGUAAUGAGGAAGAAUACUUCUAUAAAUUGCAACAACAACAGUUACAUGAAUUAAAGAAGCAUUUAGAAGAGGAACAUGAACGUGAAAAGAAGGAGAUCAAACGACUUGAAGAAUCACUCAAAAAACGGAAAAAAAUACUGGCUGAUCUUGAAAAGAAGCAUUAGUUGACAGGAUCGACCAUUUUUAUCGACUUGUAUUAGAUAUUAUAGACUGAAAUUCCAAUUAGCAUGAUAUGUAUCUGUGUAUAUGUAGAUUUUCACAUAUCCAACAGAUUUCUGUACUUGAAAGUCGAAUGAUGAUAAAUUACUGAAUAAUCUUU